AUGGAAAGCUUUAUCAAAUUGUAUUCAUCUGAAGAUUUUGUGGAGCAAAUUCUGUCAGGACUUCCUCCCAAGUCUUUGAUGCGGUUUAAGUGUCGCCAAGUCCCCCUCACAGACAAGGACAACAACCCUAAGGAUGACGAUGAUGAGAAGGAAGCUGAGAAUGAUAACGACGAUGUCGAAAUUCUAUUGUCAUCACUUAAUAUAUGCAGUGGGAAUGAUGAUGAUUGUCUUUUAUCAACUGUAGUUGAGGAUGUUAAUAUUCCGCUUCCUGCUCAUCUGAAGCUACAACAUUCUUCGGAACUCACAAUUGCAGGUCAUUGUGAUGGGAUCAUCUGUUUAAAACUUUUCAUUGGCAAUGUUAUAUUAUGCAACCCAGCCAUGCAGGAAUUCAAGCUUAUUCCCAAGUCUUCUCUUGUCCUUCCCGAAGACGUUGAACUCUGGCCGGGAUAUCUUGAAUAUGGGUUACGUUAUUACACCGAUUAUUUGGGAUUUGGCUAUGAUCCUAAAAGUGAAGAUUACAAGAUUAUUAGAAUGGUAAACUAUGAUAAGGAAUAUUAUUGGUCUAGAGCAGAAGUAUACACUAUGAAAUCUAAUUCAUGGAGAGAGAUUGAAAUCUUAUAUGAUUAUGAACGUAUGCAUCAUAUUGAUAGUUGGCCUUCUUUUCUGCCUAUCUACUUCAACGGUAUAUGUUAUUGGCGUGUAAUAUCAGAUGACCUUAUUCUUUCAUUUGAUAUGGGAAGUGAGCUAUUUCAUGAGAUCCCGAUGCCAGAUUUGGCAGAUGGAUGUAAAAAUAGAGCUCAGCUUGCAGUGUGGAAAGAAUUCAUCGCUCUUUUUAACUUUCAUGACGAAAUUGGAGUUGCUCAUCAAUCUUAUGAUAUGUGGGUGAUGAUGGAUGAUCUUGGUGAAGGUGGCAAGGGUUCCUGGACAAAGUAUUUAACUAUAGGACCUCUAGAAGGUGUUCAAAGUCCAGUGAUAUUUUGGAAAAGUGACCAACUUCUUAUGGUUACUAACGAUGGACAGAUAGUCGUACAUAACAUUGGCACAAAAAAACUCAAGCAUCUUCCUAUUCAUUUGAUAAGAUCGCUCUAUUCUUAUCAUGAUCAAGCCCUUGUCUAUGUAAAUAGUAUUGCUUCCAUCAACGGAGGUAACGUACUAGAAGAUAUAAACAUUUCUGCCUUUUAUGGCAGUGGCAAGUUUUAUUCCAAUAGGGAGGUUGAUAUUUCGGGUUUUUAUUCAAUGUGA